UAAACAGAGGAAGAGCUUAUGUAAAUGGGUUUGAGUGUAUUUUGGUCGUUUAUCAUCUUCAUCCAUGUAAUCCACUUCCUGGGUGGGAGCUUGCAUUCAAUCACUGUCGUUGCGGCCACCUUCAGCAAUGAAACUGAUCGAUUUGCUUUGCUAGCCUUCAAGGACCAAAUUGCAAACGAUCCACUCCGAGCUUUGAGUUCAUGGAACAAUUCUCUCCACUUCUGCAAGUGGCAAGGAGUUACAUGCCGUCGCCGGCGUCAAAGAGUAACUGCCUUGAACCUACGUCGAAUGGAGUUGAAAGGGCUCCUAUCUCUCAAUAUUGCAAACCUCACAUUCCUUUGGCGUAUCAACCUCCAAGAGAAUAAAUUCCACGGCCCAAUCCCUCAAGACAUAGGUCGUCUGUUCCAUCUUCGUUAUCUCAAUCUUAGCCAGAACAAUUUCCAAGGGCAAAUACCCAUCAAUAUAACCAAGUGUUCAAACCUCAGAGUCAUCGAUCUAGGCCACAACGACAUCGUGGGGGAGAUUCCAGUCGAGCUUAGCACUUUGCCAAAGCUCACUAUAAUAGAUCUUCAGUCUAACAAGCUUGUAGGAAGCAUCCCACCUUCUUUUGGUAACAUUUCGUCUCUCACUGUGCUUUCUUUAUUAGAUAAUAGCUUGGGUGGAAGCAUUCCGGUCGAUCUGAGCCGAAUACCCAACUUGGAAUUUCUUGAAGUCUCUGGAAAUAGAUUGUCUGGUAUCAUUCCUUCUCAGCUUUACAACCUAUCGUCCUUGCUUGCUUUUUCUGUGACGGAUAACUCGUUUUCUGGAAGAAUUCCGUCUGACAUAGGCCUCACUCUUCCAAACCUCGAGGCUCUUUUAGUGGGAGGAAACCGUUUAACAGGUCCUAUUCCAAGAUCGUUGGGCAAUGCUUUGAGGCUUGAAGAACUUGAAUUGACUGAUAAUGGUUUUAGCGGACCCUUGCCAACGAAUCUUGGGAGGCUACAAAGUCUUGCUUGGUUGAAUUUGGUAGGUAAUCAGCUAGGAACUACGGAAGGAGAUGACUUAAGAUUUCUGGCAUCUUUAACUAACUGCAGUGAUCUAACCCUUUUAGGUCUAGAAUACAAUAAUCUCAAAGGAGUGUUGCCAGACUCCGUCGGAAAUCUUUCGAUCCAGCUUGAAAUGCUAACACUGAGUGAAAACCAGAUAUUUGGAAGCAUCCCUAAUGGGAUAGGAAAUCUCGCCGGCUUGACCCAAUUGACGAUGGAUCAUAACCGUAUGACGGGUUCUGUUCCGGUCAGUAUUGGGAAGCUUCAGAGCCUGCAAGUCUUGGACUUGUCCAUAAAUAGAUUUUCAGGCAACAUUCCCUUCUCCGUUGGGAACAUGUCUCUCUUGGGCGAGCUGUACUUAGCAGAAAACAACCUACAGGGAUUCAUCCCUCCAACUCUCGGAAACUGUCGGAAUCUAUAUGUGUUGAACCUUUCUCAAAACAGCCUCCAUGGUGACAUACCCAAACAAGUUUUUAGCCUUGUAUCCUUAACACUUUCCCUCAGCUUGGACGGAAAUUUUCUCACCGGCCGCCUACCAGAGGAUGUUGGCGACUUGAAAAACAUUGAAGAAAUACACGUUGCACGGAAUAGAAUGUCAGGCGAAAUUCCUCAAGCGCUUGGCGAUUGUCUGAAACUGGAGCACCUUAGCUUGGAGGGAAACUUCUUCAAUGGAACCAUCCCUAGAUCUUUGAAUACUCUAAAGGUCAUCCAAAUCUUAGAUCUUUCGGAUAAUAAUUUGUCGGGGCAAAUUCCAAAAUACCUCGAGGAGUUUCGGUUCUUGCAGUAUCUGAAUCUCUCUUUCAAUGAUCUCGACGGCGAAGUACCACAAGAAGGGGUCUUCAGAAAUUUAAGUGCCAGUUCAGUCCUUGGAAACAAAAAAGUCUGUGGCGGCAUUCCUGUGUUGCAACUGCCGUCAUGUCCAAUUACAGCCUCUAAAAAACGAAGAAGAUCUCUAGUUAUCAAAGUGGUGAUUGCGGUAUUUGGCACAAUUCUUUGCUUGCUCAUAUUAUCCUGUUUAUUUGGUUUUUGUUAUUGGAGAAAAAAGCCAAGAAAGAGACUCUCUUCGACAUCUUCCUUGAAGAAUCAUCAUUUCAAGGUUUCUUAUGCAGAGCUCCUCAAAGCCACCAAUGCCUUCUCUUCAUCCAAUUUGAUUGGUUUCGGAAGCUAUAGUUCGGUAUAUAAAGGAGUUCUAGACCCCAAUGAGAUGAUCGUCGCAGUGAAGGUGCUCAACCUUCAACAAAGAGGGGCUUCCAAGAGCUUCAUCACUGAAUGCGAAGCCUUGAGAAAUAUCCGGCACCGAAACCUCGUCAAGGUCUUAACUUCUUGCUCGAGCAUCGAUUUUAAAGGGGACCAUUUCAAAGCUUUAGUUCUCGAGUUCAUGCCUAAUGGGAGCCUCGAGAAGUGGUUGCAUCCGCAGGAUGAUGAUGGCUCAAGCCAUUUGAGGAAAUUAAGCCUGAUUCAGAGGCUAAACAUAGCCAUCGAUGUGGCUUCUGCACUCGAGUAUCUUCAUCAUGAUUGCCAGACGCCGGUCAUCCAUCGUGAUCUAAAGCCAAGCAAUGUUCUUCUUGAUGCUGACAUGAUUGCCCAUGUCGGGGAUUUCGGGCUAGCAAGACUCCUAUGUGAAUCCGAUCAUUAUUCUCAGAAUCAAAGCAGCUCGGCCGUGAUAAAGGGAACAAUUGGGUAUGUUGCUCCAGAGUACGGCAUGGGUGGUGAGGCAUCUACACAUGGAGAUGUGUAUAGCUAUGGCAUCCUUUUGUUGGAAAUGUUCACAGGAAAGAGGCCCACUGAUGACAUGUUUAAGGAUAAUCUAAGCCUUACUACAUUUGCAAAGAAGGCUUUUCCAGACAAAGUAAUGGAGAUUGUGGAUCCAAUACUCCUCUCAGAAGAAGAAGAUGUAUCUGUCCAAAACACCGAGAUAAUAAGAGCUCAAAGAGGUAGAAUGAGAGAAUGCUUGAUUGCGGUGAUCAGGAUUGCAGUUGAAUGUUCCACAGAAUUUCCAAGAGAACGGAUGGAAAUGAGAAAUGUUGCUACAGAAAUGCACGAGAUUAGGGACGUAUUUGUUGGGGCUGAGACCCUCGGACAGAGAAGAAAUAUGACCCAAUUGUUAGGUGAAGCUCCAUCUUACCUCAGUGAUUAUUGAGAUCGUGAUUCCCUCCAUUGUAAGGAAAAACACACUUUAUUUGUACUUUAUUUGUAGUAGGCCCUCUUAUAUUGGCCACUUUAAUUUCUAUUUUAGUAGCAUCAUGAUAUAUAAUAUGAUACGGCCUUUUUGGUUAAA